AUGGAAGUGGCGAGAUCUCAGCAGAAAUUCCAACAAUUGACUUAUCUCUCCAGAGAUCGGUGGUUGUCGAUGGAAUUUGUGGUGCUUGCCGGCGAUUCGGUAAUUAAUCAUGGUGUGGAGAGUUCAGUAAUUGAGGAAGCUCUGGAUGUGAAUCUGAGAUUCUUCAGGAUGGAACCGGAGGCGAAGGAGGAGCUCAUGUCCGAUGAUGUGUACAAGGAAGUUCGAUUUUCGACUCAAAAAGGGGAUUUUGCAAGGGAUUUCCUCAAGCUUUACGCCUACCCUCUCGAUCAAUACAUCGCUUGCUGGCCACAAGUUCCUCUCGACUACAGGGAAAAAAUGGGAAGAUACACCACUGAGGUCAGAAAACUCUCCAUGGAAAUAUUGGGAGCAAUUCUUGAAAGCUUGAACAUUCACAACCCACACUUGGAACAAAAAUUUGAAAAGGGUUUCCACAUUCUCGGCAUAAACUACUAUCCGCCGAGCUUGGGAUCAGACAGCCGGAAGUCCGGUCUCCCUCCCCACACCGACCACAGCAUCAUUACUGUUCUUCUCCAAAGCGCACCGGGGCUUGAGUUCACUUGCGACGGCCUGUCGUGGAAGGCUAUCCCGGCGCCAAAAGGGUCCUUACAAGUGCUCGUUGGUGAUCACUUGGAGGUAAUAAGCAACGGGAUUUACAAGAGCGUGUUGCACCGGGCGAUCCCGCAGAGUUGCUGCGACGCGAGGCUGUCGGUGGCUAGUCUUCAUAGCGAAGGGAUGGAUGAAAUAGUCGAGCCGUGCGUCGGGUUAGUGGGUGAUUACGACGAAUGCCGGAAAAUGUAUAAGGGAAGUAGCUUGAGGGACUUCCUCAAGCAUUUGGCUUCUCAGGACAAGAGGGCUUUCAUUCAAACAUUGAAAGAGUUUUGA